AUGAGCGCCUCGGCGCAUACCGAUCCUGGUCAUGGUGGCAACUCAGAUCCCCAUGCCUGCGACCAACUUCACUCGACCGACAUUAUAGACUUGGAAGCUGGCCUUUGGCAGGAAGCUCCCUUUGCUCGCUUACCUGACGACGCGCCGGCAGAACUUCACGAGUAUCUCCAAGAUGUGGAAAACCCGCGGCGAGUCUUGGCCAUAUAUCGUGCUAGUAGGCGUCAUGACUUCCAGCUACUUGUUGAAAGGUACAUCGCACAGCUCCGAAACGGUUGCGGUUCUCCCCAAUGCACCACUGCCACCUGCUUCACGGGUCGGAAGCGCCUCGCAGGCAAGGCACCCAUUCGCCGCUACAAUCCCACAAGUGCGAGAACACUUGCUGUUUAUCUCGCCAGCCAGGAUAAUGCAGACAGAGGUCUCUGCCCGUAUUUGCGACGAUCAAACGAUCCACCCCCGGCCGUGAAUAAUCUGAUCUUCUCCACGCAGCGACCACGGCCUCGAACCCUCUCCGAGCCCACAUCACCGAAAGCUCCCGGGUCGCCAGGGCCGCGCAAGAAUUCUGUGGGUGCCGAAUCCAAACCGAAGCUUUUGUCGUCUGGUGGGCGGUGUCGGGUCUCCAUUCUAGAGGGCCUAGCGAACGAGCCCACGAAUGCUCAAACCCGGCGACAAACUCCGGAGGCGGGGAUACGUAGGCGCAACUGUCACAACAAAGACCUAUCUGAUGUUGGCAACAACAAAGUCAAUAUAGCGGAGAAACCUGUGAGCCGCGACUACAGGUCGUUUGCAGCUUCAACCUUUGGCACAGUAGCUUUCAAGAUGCUGGAGUGGCUUACUCCUCAGGGACUACAAGCUCUCUCCGAACAAAUUUCUGAGGCCAGCGACCCCGGCUCAUCGUUGAAACCACUCCAACCCAAGGAAAGUGGGCAAGCUUCGGCGUUGAGGCUUGGGAAUGCCGCUCAAUCACUCAGUCGACACUCUUCAUCCAAAUCAUCGUCACAGUCGCUACCGACGCCGGACAUAGAACACAGUAACCAGCCAGUUGCCGAGCCUGCAGCCCUCCCCGACGAUACAAUAUUCCCCAGGGAUUCUUCAAGGCGGAAGAGAAACACUAAGGGUUCCAUCAAAACGACGGCCGCGUCAAAGCCACAGAAGAAGACAUCUCUAGAGCCGCUACCCCCACCUGUGCCAAACGAUGGACAAAAGCCACCCCAAAAGUCGAAUAAUUUCCAUGGGGAUAAGAGGCCUCGUGCUCCAAAGUUAACGCCAGGGGUUAUCGGCCGAACUGUGCCAGAAAUUCCGCUCAAACCAGCCUUUUUCGAGAAUGUUCCUUGCCUGUCUCCGCCUCCUGUUGAAGAAGUUGAUCCCGUCUCGUCAGAGCAUGGAGAUUCUGAGGAGGAUCCGUCGCCCAACAACGCACUCACUAUAGCAAGAACUAGGAGGCAUAAUCAAAUCUCGGCGGACCACAGCAAAGCUCCACCCGAAGCUGAUGAGUCUUGGAAAGAAUAUCCCUUACCCCAGGCUCUGGGCCAAUUAAAUGUUGAAUUGAUAGACUUCAUAUGUGAUGUAUUUCAAGAGGAUAGUACCGAGGAGAAGCAAUUCUUUGGUCCGCUGACCUUGUCGGAAAGCCACCCGAAACCGCAGAAUAAGUCGAAACGCUUGGAAAGAAACAGGGCCAACCGCGGGCUGAAAGCUGCUGUUUUAUCUUCCAGAAAGUGGCAAGCUUUCAACGAACAGACCAUUUUCAAUGUGAUGAGUGAUCCUCACUCACUGGUCAAGUCCUUCACCAAAGACGGCAAGUUAUUUGACUCUCAAACACUCUGGUACUGCAUGUUGCGGAUGACUAGGGUGGCACCUAGUCUCGUCCUCCAUAGUCUUUGGAUGGCGGCCAAGAGCUUGUUUGUGCCACCAGAGGUACUAAGUUCGACUAGACUGCCGGCAAGAAAGCUUUUUGGAGACUACCAGAAACCAUCUUUGUCUAAUUUUGAAGCUGGCUGCAUCAUGUCAAUUUGUCUUCAUGCUUUGGUAGCGGCAGCCCCCUGUGCGCCGGACUCCAAGACGCUAUACGAAAUGUCUCGUAUUCGUUCCAGCGGACUUGUGUUGGCUGGACAGGGUGCGGCUGCCCGUCAGCCGUCAUCAGUUUGCCUGGAGUAUGAUGACAUCUUCUCCAAUGAACUGGCUCUACGACUAGCAAGAAGGCUCUUCUGUGCCAUUACAGCCCGCAAGUGCUUCGCAGAAAUUGCAGAGUGGGAUGGCGAUGCGGAGGAGGCAAUUGGUAUUGACGUACUAGGCCUGCUGCUAAAUCAACUGGAUCUUGUCGGUAGUGGACCAGUUCGCAUCCUCGAUUUUACCCAAGCAGAACGUCUGCUGCACGAAACUCGAGUCCCCACGCUUCUGCUGGACUGGGCGAGGGCGGUACUUCUUCAGGAAUGGAACGGGCGACCCGAGUACGCAAAUGACACCCCCUUUCAUGGGGCGAUGUCUCUUAUUGCCACAUUGUAUGCAAACAGAAAUAUGCUGCUUCUCGGCGACAUACAGUUUCGGGUAGACUAUUUUUCAGAGCGAUUGGAUGCCAUGGAAGUUCCCGUCGCGUGGAUUGAUUUCACUUCAACCAGGCAACGACAUCACAUUCUGGAUCACCCGUACCUCUUCAGCCCGGAGACGUUGGUUUCCCUUUUCCGGUCCAUCAACUUUUCGAGGAUGAGCAGAACAUUCGAAGAAUCCAGCUCCCUGAAGACCCGGAUGGGCGCUAUUGUUGAUCCGGGAAGUCUCGUUACCAACACUCACCAUAAGCAUGUCUUGCAGGAUUUGCUCAAGACCGCCUCUUCACGUUACUUGGUGCUUGCAAUUAGCAGAGAGCACGUACUCCGAGAUGCAUUUGAUCAACUUUGGAGACGGCAGGAGAGAGAACUGCUCAGACCUUUGAAAGUUCACUUGGGGGAGGGCUCCGGCGGCGAGGAGGGAUUUGACUCGGGCGGCGUUCAACAGGAAUUCUUUCGAAUGGCAAUUGCUGAAUGUCUAGAUCCUAAGUAUGGGGCUUUCACGGUUGACGACAGGACAAGGAUGGCAUGGUUCGUCCCAGGAUCACUGGUCGAAGAAUGGAAGUUUGAGAUGGUAGGCUUGUUGAUGUCACUAGCUGUCUACAACGGCUUGACACUUCCAAUAACCUUCCCCAAGGCACUUUACAGAAAGCUCUUGGGUCAACCUGUGGAGGAGCUUUACCACAUUGCGGAUGGCUGGCCAGAAUUAGCAAAUGGACUCACAGCGCUGCAAGAGUGGGAUGAGAAGGACGGCUUGGUAGAGGAUGUGUUCGCAAGAACGUAUGAAUUCUCCGUUGGCGCUUUCGGCUCCGAUGUAACUCUCCCCAUGACAAAGGAGAACUCUUCUUGGCCGCAGGGCAUCCCGACACCUCCAACGAGAAGCGGCCUCCCCGCAUCCGACGAUGAGGCGCCGCUGGUUACGAAUGAGAAUCGUGAUGAAUACGUCAGCGAUUACAUUCGUUAUCUUACCGAUGUGUCCAUUCAACCUCAGUUCCGAGCAUUCGAGCGUGGCUUUCGGGCGUGCUUAGAUGUAAAGUCGCUCACUCUGUUGACGCCCUCGAUUUUGCAAUCUGUCGUGGAGGGUGUGCAGGACAUCGACAUUUCAGAACUACGAAGAUACACUCGGUACGUUGGCUGGGACUCCUCGCACCACACAGUCAAGGACUUUUGGUCCAUUGUGAAGAGAUACGAUGACAGGAUGAAGCGCAAACUGCUUGAAUUCGUCACUGCAUCAGAUCGUGUGCCGGUGGGUGGAAUGCGAAACUUGCAAUUUGUAGUACAGAAGAACGGCGAAGAGGAGGGUAGCGGCGGCCACCUACCCACGGCAUACACAUGUUACGGAACGCUAUUGUUACCAGAGUACAAGGACAAGGAAGUAUUGCGAGAGCGUUUAGGCAUGGCGUUGGAGAAUGCGCAAGGAUUUGGGUUUGCAUAA